ACUGUAUCAGCUUCAGUCGAACAAUUGAAAUCCGGGGCGAAGCGCUCCGUGCGGUCUACCGACUAGCAACGCUGUACCAAGUUCCGGUAGAUCGAUUGAUGUUUGGCCUUAGCGUCGCGGCCCAACGUCGCGCGUCGAACAGUUCGGGGCCUCUGACCUACACACUGUAUGUGCCGAUGCGCGAUGAAGCAGAUUGCGUUGGAGCCGUCGGUUUGUUCGUGGAUUUUC